CGGCAGCCUCGCUCUGGCUCGCUCGGCGCCCCCGCGCGGAGUCCGAGCGUCAUUCGGUCCCUAGAGCGGCUUCAGGGCGGCGGGCUGCAGCCGGCGGAGCGCGCCGACCCGGGGAGGCGGCGGUGUCCGCGGGCGUCGCGUGAGGAGGCUCGGAGCCCGAAGACUCGCGCAGCGCGAUGGCACCCAUUGGCCUCAAAGCCGUGGUCGGAGAGAAGAUCAUGCACGAUGUGAUCAAGAAGGUGAAGAAGAAGGGGGAGUGGAAGGUGCUGGUGGUCGAUCAGCUGAGCAUGAGGAUGCUCUCCUCCUGCUGCAAGAUGACGGACAUCAUGACCGAGGGGAUCACAAUUGUGGAGGACAUCAACAAGUGCAGGGAGCCGCUGCCCAGCCUGGAGGCCGUGUACCUCAUCACUCCCUCCGAGAAGUCCGUCCGCUCUCUCAUCAACGAUUUUAAGGACCCGCCGACCGCGAAGUACCGGGCCGCCCACGUCUUCUUCACCGACUCGUGUCCAGACGCCCUGUUCAACGAGCUGGUAAAAUCUCGAGCGGCCAAAGUCAUCAAAACUCUGACGGAAAUCAACAUCGCCUUUCUCCCCUACGAGUCCCAGGUGUACUCCCUGGACUCCGCCGACUCCUUCCAGAGCUUCUACAGCCCCCACAAGGCUCAGAUGAAGAACCCCAUCCUGGAGCGCCUGGCGGAGCAGAUCGCGACCCUGUGCGCCACCCUGAAGGAGUACCCUGCCGUGCGGUACCGGGGGGAAUACAAGGACAAUGCUUUGCUGGCUCAGCUGAUCCAGGACAAGCUCGAUGCCUACAAAGCUGACGACCCAACCAUGGGGGAGGGCCCGGACAAGGCUCGCUCCCAGCUCCUGAUCCUGGACCGCGGGUUCGACCCCAGCUCCCCCGUGCUCCACGAGCUCACUUUCCAGGCCAUGAGUUACGACCUGCUGCCUAUCGAGAACGACGUGUACAAGUACGAGACGAGCGGCAUCGGGGAGGCGCGGGUCAAGGAAGUGCUCCUGGACGAGGACGACGACCUCUGGAUAGCGCUGCGCCACAAGCACAUCGCCGAGGUGUCCCAGGAGGUCACCCGCUCUCUGAAAGACUUUUCUUCCAGCAAGAGGAUGAACACGGGGGAGAAGACCACCAUGCGGGACCUGUCCCAGAUGCUGAAGAAGAUGCCCCAGUACCAGAAGGAGCUCAGCAAGUACUCCACCCACCUGCACCUGGCCGAGGACUGCAUGAAGCACUACCAGGGCACUGUGGACAAGCUCUGCCGGGUGGAGCAGGACCUGGCCAUGGGCACGGACGCCGAAGGCGAGAAGAUCAAGGACCCCAUGCGGGCCAUCGUGCCCAUCCUGCUGGACGCCAACGUCAGCACCUACGACAAGAUCCGUAUCAUCCUCCUCUACAUCUUUCUGAAGAACGGCAUCACCGAGGAGAACCUGAACAAACUGAUCCAGCACGCGCAGAUCCCGCCGGAGGACAGUGAGAUCAUCACCAACAUGGCGCACCUGGGCGUGCCCAUCGUCACGGACUCCACGCUGCGCCGCAGGAGCAAGCCAGAACGGAAGGAGCGCAUCAGCGAGCAGACCUACCAGCUCUCGCGAUGGACCCCGAUCAUUAAAGACAUCAUGGAGGACACUAUUGAGGACAAACUGGACACCAAGCACUACCCGUAUAUCUCCACCCGCUCCUCUGCCUCCUUCAGCACCACUGCUGUCAGCGCCCGCUACGGGCACUGGCACAAGAACAAGGCCCCGGGGGAGUACCGCAGCGGCCCCCGCCUCAUCAUCUUCAUCCUGGGAGGCGUGAGUCUGAGCGAGAUGCGCUGCGCCUACGAGGUGACCCAGGCCAACGGCAAGUGGGAGGUGCUGAUAGGUUCUACUCACAUUCUCACUCCCACCAAAUUUCUCAUGGACCUGAGACACCCCGACUUCAGGGAGUCCUCUAGGGUAUCUUUUGAGGAUCAGGCUCCAACAAUGGAGUGAGAGCCAAAGAGACAAAGAUCCACGCACAUUCUCACCCCACAGAAACUGCUGGACACGCUGAAGAAGCUGAACAAAACAGAUGAAGAAAUAAGCAGUUAAAAAAAUAAGCCGCCCCUCCCCAAAGCAAGCGAGCCUCCUCCCCCAGCCCAGCGCUCCGCAGCCCCUGCCGCUCUCCGCCUCCUCCUCCGCAGCUUCGUUGACCCUCUCUCCUCCCCCCUCCCGCUCUGCACGCCCCGGCCCGCGCAGCCACCGCUGAGUUCUCGUGUUUAAUGACACCCUCUUCUCGUUUGAAACAAAGAAAAUAAUGCAUUGUGUUUUUUAAGAAGACUCUCUUCUAUACGCACCCUAAAAGGAGAAGCCCGUGCGUGAGGGGCGCGCUGCAGGAGCCGUUCCGGAACUGUUUAGAACGAACGGACGCCUUCCCCCCACUAGUUAGGAUUCCGUGACCUUGUACAUAACCCGGUGUGACUUGUGCAAAUUGCUUGAGUAUGGGACGGUAGACGCUUGGGUGUUUUGAAAAGCCUGUCCUGGGCUGUUUCUGUUCUUUCUGGGACUUGGAGGUCUGUGCCGGGAGUCCUGCAAACUGAGGAUAGAUCUGCCCCGUCACUCCGGGUCCCGCCCCUCAGUGCCCGCUCUCAUCCACACGAGCUGGGCGGUGAAGAAGCUCAGGUGGUGUCUCGGGGGGCUGGAGCCGGAACCAGCCUCUUUGCUUUCCCCGGAGGCCCGUACCCUGGUGCGGUCCAUGUGAAGUCAGGCCACAUGCCAGCUGGCGUUCCGCCUGUCACAGCACCCUCCCUGGCCCGUGUCCACAGGGCUGGGGUCCUGAGGGGAGACACUCUGCAGUCUAAGGCACUGUGCCCAGACAAGUGAGGGGCAGGCUCCCCCUGGGGACCUUGUCUCUUGGAGAAGUGGUUAGGCCUGAUCCCUCUGACCAGAGCGGGGUCAGCCUGGGCAGAGCUCAGGGGUCCGGAAGGGACUGGAACAGGAAGGCUCCUGCCGGCAGCCGGUCGGAGGACCCCUUCCAGGAGGCGUCAGGCAAGCCGCAAGGACCGCCCUUGGAUUUAGACAGGUGUUUCCCCACCCAGAUUAUCCUCAGUUUGAGAUACUCCCUGAUAUUUUAUUUUUUGUAACUUGGGAUUGUGUGUCAUCGUGCUUGUAAGAGAAAAUGAUCAUUUUAUUCUCUGUAUAAAACUUAGCUGUAUAAAACUUAGCUCUAAUGCAAAAACUAAAGAAGCAAAUGCCGGCAGGACGUCUCGGCAGCCUCGAGACUCAGCAGCUCCCGUUCUCCGCGAGCGAGCGCGCCCUUCGUUCUGCUGCUGUGGCCGUGAAAUACAAUGACAGUGGAAGUCACAAAAAUGUCCCCUGUCCAGCCCCCUGCCGCCCUCUGACUCCUGCAGACCGUGUGUAUAUUACUGUCUCGUGACGUCGUUGCAAACGUGAUGUGUGCUAGUUCCCCUCCGCCCCGCCCCCCCUCCCCCCCCCCCCCCGAACUGCCCCCGCCCGCCCGGUAGGUGGUAGGUGCAUCGCUGCGUCCUCUCCUCCAGGCUGCGAACUCUCGGCCCUCGGCACUCAGAUAGUGCCCAGGUCUGCCCCUCCCCCCGGUAGCUGCUUUCCCCGGGACAGAGCCGCUAGGUACUCCCGCAUCGGUUCCCUCCCCCGGCCAACAGUGCUCACGCCGCAGGGCCUUGUUCGUCAGACACGUUGGUUUUCCUUUCCUUGUUAUUUAUAUAAAGAUAAUUUAUCAAAAGGAUAUUUUAAAAAAGUUAGUCUGUCUUGAAACUUGUUUACCUGGAACCUACCCGAAUCUCAGUGUUUGAAAGUAUUGAAGCACAAACAUGUAUCAUCUCUGUACUGUUCUGUACGAAAGCACUCAGUCUAAUAAAGAAAUCCAUCAGCGCCCUCUCCGUGUC